GUUGGAUUCGUGAGACUGGAGGCAGUGAGGGCAUUACGAGGUUUCGUACCACAUGCCGAAUUUCACGCAGAAAUCAAGGUCACAAUACCAAAUGCUAUCCAACUGUUGGCCGAUGAGAUGGAUCCUGUUCAGAGAGAGGUGAUAAAGCUUGUAACAAGCUUUGUAGCGCAUGGUGAGUUUUACGGCGGUGGCAAAUGGGCGGAGCUGAAGGCAUGUCAAGCAAAUUUUCAGCAUGCGGUUGAGAUUGAAUUUUCAAACAUCAUCAAGCUGCUCACAAAUCGGGUUCCGACUACUCGAAAUGCUGCCUUGGAACUGAUUAGAAAUCUGGCGAAUCAUAUCGAGUCAAUAUCAGGAUUCGACACUAUAGCCCCGGUUUUUCUGCAUUGGCUCCAUGAACACGACUCUGAGCUUCAAGCAUUUGCGGUUACUGCCAUCUGUACCCUCAUUACAAUUGGUACGACUGAAAUAUCUCCGAUUCACCUGAUUGAUUGUCUUGAAGCCGACUUCCGCUCAAAAAUGGCCGGAGCAACUCAACUCAUCCUCAGUUGGCUCACUUUCCGGAAUAUGAAGCUUCGCAUCACUGCCCUGGACACCAUCCGUUCCUUGGAUUCCUACCGUCACAGAUAUUUUACAAUAUUACUAGACCAAUACCAUCCUGAAAUACAAAGUUCCUCAAUGCAGAUCGUCGGAUUACUCGGAGAUCAAUAUUCAGCUGUUCGCAUGGCGUGUGUGGAACUACUUUGCUCUCCCAAAACAUAUGGUGGGUCUCGUAUCAUAAUCCCUGAUUCGUCUGACACUGGUCAAAGAGCAACCGCCAACUCUCUUGUACCCCUAGCUCCAGAUGGAUCGUGGCCAACUUUGUAUGGUGGUGCCAAUCGGCAAGACCUGACCUACUCGGUAGACUUCCAGAAUGGCGCGUGUAAUUACUCUGCGUGUAAAAUAUUGGCUAUAACUACUGUACCUUUCAUUCCAAUUUCGAAUCAAUUUCUUCAUCCUCAGAUUGUGAAGCGAGCUGAUGGAGUUUACACGCAUAUAUCAGCAAAAUUGUCGAGCAAGGCCACACUCAUUCGACCCUCCGUGUAA